UAAGCAAUUAAGGUGUAUAAAACGUUCCCAAGUGUAUUAAAGUUGUGCUCAACAACAUGGUAAUAUUUCCGACAGCACUUUGUGUUGGUAAUUUUGAACGUAGUAUUGUAGCUUUGUCUAGUGCUGCAUAACGUUAGUUUGUUUCUCGUAAAUAGCGGCAAAAUGUGUGACUUUUAUUUUUCUGGGCAAAGCGCAUCCACACAUUAGGAACAGAGUGAAUCACUUAUCCCUUAUUUCUGAUGACUAUAUCUUAAAGGUGACAAAGAAAAGUUUCCAGGCAAUUAGGAGCUCUGAGAUCUGGCUGACAUAACUGUUGUAAAGAUGGAGUUUAUUAAAGUGGAGAUUGUGGACAUGAGUGAUCCAGAACCGUGCAAAGUGAAGGAUGAAGAUACUGAGGAACAGAGAGACCAGAUGGAGGUGAAAGAGGAAAGAGAAGAACCGAGUGACAUCAAGGAGAACCACUUUAUUGAAAUGCCUGAAGAUUUUAAAGUUGGAGAAGUGUCUUUAACUGAAACAACAGAAGCCAAACAUUCUUUCUCCUGCCCUCAGUGUGAAAAGACCUUCACACAUAAAGGAAACCUUAGGGAUCACAUAAAAAUUCACAUCGGAGAGAAGCCUUACGCAUGCCGUCUGUGUGGAAAGAGCUUCAUUCACAAAGGACACCUUAAUGAUCACAUGAGGAUUCACACGGGAGAGAAGCCUUACGCAUGCCACCUGUGUGGAAAGAGCUUCACGUGUAAAGGAAGCCUUAAUGGUCACAUGAGAAUUCACACCGGAGAAAAACCAUUCACAUGCCACCUGUGUGGAAAGAGUUUCACAUGUAAAGGAAGCCUUACUUGUCAUGUCCGGAUUCACACUGGAGAGAAGCCUUUCACUUGCCCUCAGUGUGAAAAGAGCUUCUCACAUAAAGGAAGCCUUAAGUGUCACAUGAGAAUUCACAUCGAAGAAGGGCCUUUCUCAUGCAGUCAGUGCGGGAAGAAUUUCACACAGCAAGAAUACCUUAAAAAUCACAUAAAGAUUCACACUGGAGGGAAGCCUUUCACGUGCCAUCUGUGUGGAAAGGGUUUAACGUGUAAAGGAAGCCUCAAGUGUCACAUGAGAAUUCACACUGGAGAAAAGCCCUUCACGUGCCUUCAGUGCGGAAAGAGCUUCACAAAUAAAGGAAACCUUAAGAUUCAUGCAAGAAUUCACACCGAAGAGAGCCCACUGACUUGCCUUCAAUGUGGAAAGUGUUUCACGCAUAAAGAAAACCUUAAAUGUCACAUGAGAGUCCACACUGGAGAGAAGCCGUUCACUUGUCAUCAGUGCGGAAAGAGUUUUGCUCGGAAAGUAAUCCUUCAGAAUCACAUAAAAACUCACUCCGGAGAGAAGCCUUACACGUGCAACCAGUGUGGAAAGAGUUUCACAGAUAAAGGGUAUAUCAAGCGUCACAUGCGAAGUCACACCGGAGAGAAGCCGUUCACAUGCCCUCAAUGCGGAAAGAGUUUCACGCAUAAAGGAAACCUUAAAAUUCACAUCAGAAUUCACACCGGAGAGAAACCCUCCAAGUGUCCUCAAUGCGGAAAGAGCUUCACACAUAAAGGACAGCUUAAGGAUCACAUGAGAAUCCACACCGGAGAAAAGCCCUACACGUGUCCUCAAUGCGGAAAGAGCUUCAAAUGUAAAGGACACCUUAAGACGCACAUAAGGACUCACACUGGAGAGAAGCCUUACUCGUGCCACGAGUGUGGCAAGAGCUUCACAGUUCAAAGAAGCCUAAACAUGCACAUGAAAUAUCAUUCUGGAGAGAAAUUACAUGAGUGCUCUGAGUGCGGCAAGAGGUUUGCAGAGAGCAACACUUUCAAAACUCAUUUGCUCAUUCACUCAGGAGAACGGCCAUUUAGUUGUGAUCAGUGCGGGAAAAAGUUUAUUCUGGCGGCGCGAUUAAAAGCACACCUGAAGCUUCAUACGGAUGAGAGACCCUACUUAUGCUCUUUGUGCGGAGAGAGUUUCAAACUGCUCGGCAGCUUAAAAUCGCACCAGAAAAUACACGCCAGUGAGAAAUCGCAUGUGUGUCCUGAGUGCGGUAAGGCUUUUACCAGAGCGACAUACUUGAAACGGCACCAGCGGACCCACACUGGAGAAAACCCUGGGAAGGAAACGGAAUACUGCAAUGAUUUGUUUGCUGAUAGUUUAUCUCACGUAAAUGGCGCCAAAAUAUAUCGGUGUUAUUUUCUGAGUGAAUCGCGUCAACACAUGAGGAACAGUAGUGAUUUACUUAGCUUUUCUUUUUCUUUCUACUGGUUUUUCUCAUUGAAAGCCUCUAGACAAGCAGCAAAACUCCACAGGAGUAACAGCUGUGAUACUUUACAUGGAAAGAUGGGGUUUAUUAAAGAGGAGCCUGAGGACAUAAGUGAUCCAGAGCCAUGCAGAGAGAAAGAGGAAGAAACCGAGGAACUAAUAGGCCUGAAGGAAGUGAAAGAGGAGAGUCAAGAGCCUAAUAAAGUUGAAGACAACCACUAUUUUCAGAAACUUGAAACAGAAGAAAACUCUCAGCCUGCAAAUCUCUCGCAAAAAGGACACGUUAAAAAUCAUGCCAGAAAGAAGCCUAUAACAUGCAGUCAUUGUGGAAAGAAUUUCAGUCACAAAGGACAAUUUAAUAUUCACAUGAGGAUGCACACUGGAGAGAAGCCCUUUGUGUGUCCUCCGUGUGGAAAGAGGUUUAUUCAUAGGGGACAUCUUAACGAACACUUAAGGAUUCACACCGGAGAGAAGCCGUUCACAUGCACUCUCUGUGGAAAGUGUUUCACGCAUCAAGCAAGCCUGAAGUGUCACAUGAAAAUCCACACUAAAAAGAAUCCGUUCACAUGCCCUCAAUGUGGAAAGAGUUUCCUUCAUAAAGGACACCUUAAUGAACACUUAAGGAUUCACACCGGAGAGAAGCCGUUCACAUGCCCUCACUGUGGAAAGUGUUUCGCACAUAAAGCAAGCCUGAUGUGGCACAUGAGAAUCCACACUAAAGAAAGUCCCUUAACUUGCUGUCAGUGUGGGAAAAGUUUCACGCAGCAAGAAAAACUUAAGCGUCACAUGAAAAUCCACACUAAAAAGAAUCUGUUCACAUGCCCUCAGUGUGGAAAGAGUUUCGUUAAUAAAGGACACCUUAAUGAUCACUUACGAGUUCACACCGGAGAGAAACCGUUCACAUGCUCUCAGUGUGGAAAGAGUUUCAGCCAUAAAGGAUACUUGAGUGUUCACCUGAGAAUCCACUCUGGAGACAAGCCAUAUGUGUGUGAUCAGUGUGGGAAGAGUUUCAUUCAUAAAGGACACCUUAAUGAACACUUAAGAAUUCACACCGGAGAAAAGCCUUUCAAAUGUACUCAGUGUGGACAGAGUUUCACACACAAAGGAAGCCUAAGAUUGCACAUUAAAAAAUAUCAAACUGAAGAUGGUAGAAGCCUUAAGUGUCACACGAGAUGCCUAAAAAAAUGCCCUCAAUGUGGAAAGGGUUAUAAACAUAAAGGACACCUUAAGAAUCAUAUAAGAACUCACACCGGAGAUAAGCCUUGAGCCUAAAAACACGCUUAAAAUGACUCUAAAUGAAACCUAAAUAAACCCUUUGAACUGCAUAACCUGUCUGGUUUCUCCCAGACUUUUUUUCUCUACUGCUGUCUUUACAGCCCAGGUUUUUGUUAUUUGCCACAGUGCCUUUGGCUUGAUAAUAAGACAAAUAUAUAAAGGCACAUUUUUUACGAAGCUUUAUGGAAUGUUUUCUGUAAAGCUGCACUGAAACAAUGUACGCUGUUAUUGAUAUAGAAGUGAAACGUUAUAUGAAUAAAAGGUGAGAGAUAAAUCA